AUGUCCUGCUCCAGCCUGUGUGCCCCUUCCUGUGGGAUGGCCGCCCCAUGCCCCCUGGCUGACACCACCAACGAGCCCUGUGUGCGUCAGUGCCAGAGCUCCUCGGUGGUGAUCCAGCCCCCAGCCACGGUGGUCACCUUCCCCGGACCCAUCCUCAGCUCCUUCCCGCAGCACAGCGCUGUGGGCUCAGCGGGAGUCCCUGCCAUUGCUGGGGGCUCCGGUGGCAGUUAUGGAGGCCGUGGUGGUUAUGGUGGCUCUGGUGGCUACGGAGGCCUUGGUGGCUAUGGGGGCUAUGGAGGCUUCGGUGGCUGUGGAGGAUAUGGCGGCUGGGGCCGAGGCCUCAUGUCCUUUGGUGCCAGCUGUGGGAGCUGCUAA